AUGUCUUCUGCACGUGAAGCUGCUAGUGCUUUACCUUCAAAUUUUGAUAUGAACGGUUUAACAAAUGCAUUUAGCAAUCCAAUACAAGCAUUUCGUAUGUUAGAUAAAAACAAUGAUGGUCGUGUAACAAAAGAAGAUUUACAAUUAUUAUUACAACAAUUUGGUAUAAAUGAUGCUAACGGUAAUGGUACAAUUGAACCAAGCGAUCUUGUACAUGCUAAUGGCAUACUUUCAAAUCUUUUAAAAACAAAACAAGGCGGUGGUGAUUAUUGA